UGCUUUACCGCUAUUCCAAUCCCCGAAUCAGUUCGCAAGUAUUUGCUCUUGUUUGCCGCUUGUGUUGUCCUGCAUUUGCAAACACUGGACAGCAACUUAACCCGUUUGUGUUGACAGCUACUGAAGUCCUUUGCAAUGUCUCGUCGAAAGCAGGCGAAGCCCAGAUAUUUGAAAGGUCAAGACGGAACGUUAAAUACAAAGGAAGAUAGCGUGAUAGUGGGGAAGAAAGGCUGCUCCUGGGAGAGGAGAAAAGAAAACUAUGAGGAGAGGGAAAUAAUUGAAAAAGAGAAGGAUGAAGAUGCUAAAGAGCACAAGUGUGCAAGCCUACAGCAACUAGAAUCAUUCACACAACAGAGGCUGAAGUACUGCCACGGUACAGCAAAUCAUAAUGUGGAGAAAGAUGAAGCAUGUUGUUUGGCUUUGCCUCUUUCCCCUGGUACUUCCUCCUCUGACCAUGAAGAUGGAUGUGACCUUGGAUGCAUAAGAGACACAUAUAAAGAUAAUCAGAGACUUGAUCAGUGUGGGAGAGCAAACACCCCUUUGCCUGGCAACAGUUCAGUACCUCUUGAAAUAUCCCAACAAGAUAUCAGUAGUGAGACCUUCAUAAACAGCAAACAGGGCUUGAGUAAUCAAUAUGAACAGGGUAGUGCUAUACCCUCCCAACAUCUCUCUCUUCCAAAUGAUCCACUGAAUUACAUGGGGGACACUGAGAAAAGACAACCUCCAAAUUGUGCUGCACAAGAUCAGUCAGCCCUCUCAAUGGCAGAAUGCACCUGUGCCACCUCACACACGUCCAGUCCAGCCACUACAAAUACUGCAGAGGUGGCAUUUAGGACAAUGGCUUCUGCAGAAAAGAGAAAGUCUCAUUUUGACUCAAACAGUUGUUUAGGAAUCUCCAAAAAGCUCAGGGCUUUCAGUAAUUGUGUUCAUUGUCACAAUCACAUGAACCCCAGAGCACAUCCACAGACCCAACACAUGGAAAACAAGAUCCGAUCUAGUUCUGAGAGCCUGACUUUUCCAUCUGAACUUACGGAGCACCAUAAAGAGGAUAAUGUCAUGCUAGGCCACUCCAUUUUGCUUGAGGCCGCAGUCACGGCGGCCGUUCAAACAGUCCUUCAGUGUAGCUUCUGUCCCACAUUGUUAAAAGACCUGAAGGCCCUUCAAAAGCAUGUUCGCCAAUCGCACAACUCUGCUUUAAUCGAGAGCAACGUCUUCUUCUGCUCGCAGUGCUUCCGAGGAUUCCUGACAAAGGACACGCUAGAUAAUCACGUGCAGCAAACCCACUGUAAAAUCCAGAGCCUGAAACUUGAUCCAGAUCCGGAAGAAACAGCAGAAAGGAAGUCUUUGAUUUUCUGUCCAUACUGCACUCAUUUGCCUACGUUUAACAGUAAGCUAAAACUGAUGCAGCAUAUCAAAAAGACACACAAGAACAUUAACUUGAUGAACCUUAAAGAGGGAAGGAUGACAAUGGGUUCGAUGUCACCCCAGUCUAUCAAGAGUCCAGGCAAAAAAACGGCAUUAUCUUCAACCGACUUCAUAUGUGACCAUUGUGGGGCUAAAUACAACGAUUCGGAUUUGUUUCAAACUCACUUGAGUUCUCACCUGAACAGUAUGCUUCCAAAACAUACGUAUCCAGAGUGCUUCAAGGAUUUCCCAAACCAUGAAUCUUUUAAGAAACACACAGUUUCUCAUUUUAGCAAUACAUCUACGCUCUACAUCUGUGAAAGCUGCAGUAAGACCUUCCCCAGUGUCAAAGACUUACAUGGACAUCUACUUGAGAUGCACACCAUUGUGUUUUACCGUUGUUCCCUUUGCCAGAAGGUGUUCAGCUCCAAGAUGUCUAUUCAGGUUCACCUGGCCUCCGAGCACAGUAACAGGAGAACCACGUUCCACUGUACGUCCUGUGAAUGGGACUUCAAGCAAGAGCAUGACUUGCACCUGCAUGUCAAACAGAAGCAUCUUGACAAACAGUGCAAUGUGUACUCUUGCAUCUUCUGCGCAGAGUCCUUUACCGCAGACAUAGAGCUGCAGUGUCAUAUCACAACACAUAGCGACAAAUGCAGUCCCUGCAUCUGUACCAAGACCAGAUCUCCCCUCGAGGUGCCCUUACACGAGAAAGUCUGUGCCAAGAGCCAGAGCGCUGAAGGUAACAACGUGACCCCUCCAACUGUCUCUGAACCAGCUGCCAAGGACAGCGCUGGAAUGCUGCCAGUGAAUAGUGAAAUAAGAGAAGGUAAGGUGGAAUCGCUGUUCAGCCCUCCCACCGAAAGCAAAGGGAAGGCAAAUCUGAACGAUCCUAUGUUUGCCUGUGAAAUCUGCGGAGCUUCUUACACCAUGCAGUCCUUGCUCACCAACCACCAGCUGCGAGAUCACCACAUCCAGCCCGGGGAGAGUGGCACUCUCAAGCGCAAAGUGGAGGCAAUCCAAGGGAGCCACAAAUGCAAAGACUGUUCCAAGACCUUCUUCACUGAGAUGGCUCUGUGGGAGCACGUCCAGACUCAUCUAGGCCCCACCAAGCACUGCCAAUGCCCCAUCUGUGGAGAGCGCUUCCCUUCACUGCUAACUCUGACUGAACACAAGGUCACCCACAGCAGGAGCUUGGACACAGGCAACUGCCGCAUCUGCAAGCUUCCGCUUCACAGUGAGGAGGACUUCCUGGAACACUGUCAGAGGCACCCAGACCUGCACAACUCACUGACAGGCUUCCGCUGUGUCGUGUGCAUGCAGACUGUCACCUCCACUCUUGAGCUGAAAAUUCAUGGAACUUUCCACAUGCAGAAGGUCCAAGGUGACGAUCUGAUCACCAGCUGCACGGAUCCCUCCAACCUUAUUCCUGACCUUAAAAUCUCCUCAAGUGUUGCUCAGCAGGAAACUGUGACUGUGAACGUUAAUACAUUCAAGCAUAAACUUAGAGACAAUAAGACUAGCAUUUCUGUAGUCAACUGUUGUUCGGCUACGGCUCUCAUACCGGAGGAGAGAAGCAAUAAGAACACUCUCACCCAGACCACACCAGUUUGAUUCAACAGCAAACCCAUAAUAAAGGACCUCACUUGUAAAUGACAAUAGAUGUACUCUUCUGAUUGCUUAUGAUCUGGAAUAUCUGUUUGUAUUGUAUUAUGUAUUCAUGCCUUAAAUGUGUGAAGACAUAAAGAUGUUUGGGAGAGGCUGUUUUCUCCCAUCCAGUUUUAAAAGUAGUUUCUUUUGUUUUGAGAUGCUCGGCAAAUGACUAAUUCUCCCAAGUGCAAGGCUAAUCUUCAUUGGACACUUCUGAGGUUCUGAACUCAGAUUUACUGCCAUAUUUGGAUCAUUUCCUCUAUCUUUGUUGUGUUCAAGAUAAAUCCUUGUGUUAAGAAAUGGAACUGGAUCUUGGUGGAUCUAGACAGUAAUGAGUUGCUGAUGACUGAAACUGCAGACGCGCAGAGGGGCAGAAAAGAGGAUGAGAUGUGGGCAGUGGGACUUGAUAUUCUGAGGGAAAGAGUCAUUAGCAGUGUUAUAUCUAAUUGAAAUCUAAG